AUGCCUCAAAAAAAAUUACAGAAAAAGCAUUUAAUAAAAGCAUGUACUUGUAGAAAGGCAGUUAUUCAAAAAGAAUUAAUGAAAAAUAACUCUCAGCGAAUUUAUCAGAUUAGUCAAAUUACUGAAACUUUUAAUAAGUUAAAUGAUGAAGAAUUUAAUAAAAUUUUUCAAUAUAUUAAUAAUUUGAAUAAACCACAAAUUGGAAUUACAAAAAAACGUAGAAAUUUAAUUAAACAUAUUGAGUUAUUGCCUGAUAUACAAAUAUCUGAUGUAUAUAAUCUUUUAAAAACUAUGGUUUAUCCAAAAGGAAAAGAUAUUGGCAAAAUACUAUCUUCAUAUCUUCAAAAGAAAGCAUGUGAUUUUAUUUCUACUGGAAUUUAUAAACAGGAAUUCUCAGCUACUGCAAUUUUAAAUACAACUAAAAAUCUUCAAAAACAAGUAAAUAAAUUAGAAAAAAAUGCAAAUGUUUCAGCUAUUAAAAUUGAUUCUUUUUCUAAAUGUCUUGGAAAAGCUCAUCAAGCUAAGGCUCUUUAUAUUUCCAAAAUUAAAUCAGCAAUUCAAAAUGCAAAAAAAGUAACAUCUAAUCAAUAUCAAAAGGUUACAAAGCAAUUAUUUAAGAUAAAUAACAAAGAAUAUGCAGCAAAAUUUGUAAAACUUGCAACAGAUAUAAGUCUUAUAAGACAUACUUCAAUUUCUGCUACAAUUGAAUGUGUCACAACUAGGUAUAAGACGAUGUAG